AUGAUCGCCUGCGGGGUGGGAAAACAGCACUGCAGAAAAGCCCACCGUCUCGUUUCCCAAGUCGUUGUUACGGGCGCCCGCGUCUUCGGUCGAGCCUUCGCGGAGGCCUACAAGCAGGCCUCGGCAACAGGCAAGUACAAGGCCGUCAAGGGCAAGGGCGGCAACAGCUUCUCGUCGUCCGGGCUGACCCUUGAUGAGGCGUGCAAGAUUCUCAAUGUCAAGCCUCCCCAGGGUGGUGAGGCCAACCUGGAACAGGUCAUGGAACGAUUCAAGAAACUGUUCGAUUUGAACGACCCGCAGAAGGGAGGCAGCUUCUAUCUUCAGAGCAAAAUCCUCCGCGCGCGCGAAAGGAUAGAGAUGGAAAUCCGACAGGCUGAGAGGAAGGCUGCCCAAGAGAAGGAAUUGAGCGAAGGCUGGAAACCCAAGGUUUACAAGGACUAA